GUUUGGUUAACAGCUGUGAGGUGAGAUCGUACGUAGGACGAUUCUGUUUGCGGAUCGGUCGAUUUUGACGUAUAUAACAUAACAGCUUCUUGUCGGAUUUAAUAAAUGUGAACGAAAUUAUCAGUAUCGCAAAUUUAGCAAUUGUCCUAAGUAGUUCUAUUCAGUUCGCUUGUUUUUUGUGUAUUUGCACGUGUUAUCUGAUCAGUAAUAUCUUUUACACAGGUCUCUGGAAACGUGAUUUUACUGUUACAAAUGGCUGGUAACUGAAAGCCCUUACUUCUCCCAAGACAAUGAAUAACGAAAAAUAUGGAACUAUUUCGCCGGCCGAAAAAAGCCGGUAACACAAAAUGGUCGCUGCUGUUUGUAUUAUUUGUUGGGAUAUCGGCAGCGCACACAAGGCACGGAGAUGGAGUUAUAACUCAACGCAUUUCGAGAAAUACUUCUUCGAACAACUGCGUUCGUGUCAGAAGCAACAUUUUGCAAUGUCGCAACAGAACGGUAGAAAAUCUUCUUAUUCCCGCAGAUGUCAUCCAUCUGGACCUGGAGUAUGUUACAGGUGGAAGUUUGGACGUAAAAAACAUUCACCAGCUAAAAUGGUUACACAGCUCUAUACGUGUCAUCAACGAUGCGAUAGUCAAUCCGCAAAAUUUACAAAUAUUAGAUCUGUCUUUCAAUAAUCUUACAGUUUUAGAUGAUUAUCAAUUUCGCAAUUACACCAAUUUAGUCAAAGUAAAUAUAUCUUUUAAUAUCAUCGAUGAUCUUCCCAGAGACGUUUUCAAGUCGCAUACCAGUACGGAAGUAUUAUGUCUAAAUCAUAACAAUCUUAAAGCAAUACCUUUUCAAGUCUUUUCACCUUUGGAAGGACUAAGGGAAUUAGAUUUAUCACACAAUAAACUUGUCACGUUCCUCGAUCACUUUUUCAAAUUCAACAAAUACAUCGAAGUGUUGCUACUCAACAACAAUAAUCUCACGAAAAUCACUUCUAAUAGUUUAGCUGAUUUGACUGAUCUCAAGAGACUCGAUCUAUCUACUAAUUCCCUACAAUUCAUUGCCAAAGGUUUGUUCGACUCACUUUCCAAUUUACAGUACUUAAAUUUAGCGAAUAAUCCAUUAAUGAACAUGGCAAGCGGUACUUUCCGAGGUUUGCGCAACUUGAGAAUUUUAGAUCUGAGCCACAACAAACUUUCUCAAUUAACUUUUGGUUUGUUACAUUUUAGUCCUCUAUUGACUUCGAUUACAUUAGACAACACCUUGAUCGAAGUAAUACACAAUACUGAGCUAUUGGGAGUACCUAAACUGAAUGUACUGAAUUUAAGACGUAAUAAAAAACUUAAAAUGAUAGAGACUUACGUCUUUGCUGAUACACCUUUUCUUAACGAACUGGACAUCAGCGGCAACAAUUUAACGUUCCUACCGCAAUCUAUUGCAAAUCUAACUUAUUUAACUAAGCUAAAUAUUAGUAACAAUCCAUGGGCUUGCGACUGUCGCAUGUUCUGGUUUGCUCGUUGGGUACCCAACAUCAAAAUGAAGGGCAAUAUGGUCCUGUCAGACCUAACCUGUCCUGAUGCCUACACAAACGACAUGUUGCCUACGUUACAGCAUCUUAAUUGCACUUCUCCUAGAAUAGUAUAUAAAACACCUACUAGACGCUACCGACUUAAUUCGGAUGCAUUACUCGAAUGUAGAUUUGCAGCUAAUCCUUCUCCUUCUAUAACGUGGGUUACGCCGAAGAGAGAAGUCUACCACUGGAAUCCGGAUCAAAGUAUUCCAGACACCUUUAAUAAACAUCCCCACGCUCACGACCAGUUGAUGAUACCUCUAAGAGUGAUUCCUCCACGUAUUCAAAUACUAGACAACGGAACUCUUUGGGUUAAGAACGUAACUAGAGAAGAUUGCGGUCGAUACACCUGCUAUGCUAGUAAUCCAAUAGCGAAUUUAACGGAUAAUGUGUUGCUGCACAUCGAUCCCACGGAUUGGAACCACGUUAGGAUCAUUUCUUUGAUUGUGGGAACGCAAAGUGCUGCUGGAUUCCUAGGGCUGACCCUGAUCAUACAGUUCCUACGAUACUUAACGAACAAGUUCGGUGUCUUCAAUAACUUCUGCAGCUUUUGCAAACGGGAUAGAGUGUCGCCAAGAGCAAGACAAAUAUACGCGAUGCUCGACAACAUUGAACAAUACAAAAGUCAACAACUCGAGAGGCUGCGAGAAAACUAUGCCCUGCAGGUGACGAGAAUAAAGGACAACUGUGCACAACAGAUGGAAUGGAUCCAAAACAGCUACCAGGCCCAGGCGAAACAUCUGAAAGACUUUCGGGACAUUGGUACUGCUCAUCUGAGCACUUUAAGAGGUCAAUAUUACGAUCAAGUUAAGAAAGUAAGAGAUUACUCCACGGGUCAGCUGAAUUGGGUCAGAGAAAACUACGUCUUCCAGCGAAACAAGAUCCGCAAAUUCAGUUCUCAUAAAGUCCUUAAACUUCGAGAGACGUAUAAGUAUCAACAACAGACUCUCAACAAGGUGUUGGAGAAUCUUCCCAGCUUGUAUUUUGAAAAUUGUCGGACGGGAACGUGCGGCCGAGCAGAAUCCCUAGUGUUUGACCCCACCGACGCAGAGAGCGUAGACUGCUACAUAAAAAGUAAAAUAGAGAAACUCGCUAACCUAGAUGCUAGUUUCACAGACGUGACGCAGAGUAGAAUGUCUUUGUACUACACGCCUUCGGAAAGGUCGGUGAUGGACAAGUCACCCACCGAAAUUCCAUUCAUCAAUUAUAUCGAAGAACCACCUAGAGGCUUCUUGAUGAUGGAAGAACCCACUACUUCGGUCUGCAGAAAGGUCGGUUUCAUCGAUAGCGUGCUACCCGAUCUUAGCUACGAUGGUCUACUUAAAGGCGAAGCUAAAAUACCCGAAAUAGUGCCGAGUUCUAGUUUACCAACGAUAUCUGGAAUUUCUGCUCCACCAAAAACGACAGUGCAACACGAGACUUCGUUAUAGAAAAUUCGAGAUAAGUGAUACGGACUCUGGUGAGGGACUUCUUGAAUAUUAUAAGUAAAAACGCUACCUUAAACUAUGUAUUUGAACUAGAUUUAAGCAAAUAAAUAAUCUCUGUUGAUGCCGAAAUUCUACUUUUAAUAGUAUUUUUCCAUAAGAAAAAAAAUAUGCAUAAUUUCUUAUAUAUGAUAAGACCUUUGGUCGCUUAUAAUAGUUAAUCUUUUUAUCUUACAAUAAAGUUCAUUCAUAGCUUCAUAUAUAUGUCACGUCUUCUAUUAUUGACAUCUACCCUCCAACGUGCACUGCUAGAUAUAGACCUCUCGCAUGCCACUUAGUCCGAUUUUGCGCCAUCUGAAUCCAAUUUGCAUUCACUAUUUUCAAAAUUCUUUUCGUCAACCUAUCAUCGACUGCCAUUGCUACAUGACCUGACCAGUUCCAUUUAAAUGUUGUUAUUCUUUCAAUGCACAGAGGGCAAUGGAGGUUGACACAGUUCAAAUCAAAUAAUUAGGAGAAAAACUGGUGUUAAGAAGGACCCAGUUAAAAGAAUUACAAAUGGAAUUGACAGUAAAUGUUGCCGGGGCCAAAGAUGGAAGAUCGAAAAAGAAAAUUUUAAAAUGAAGACCUAGGCACGAUGCUCGUUGUAAUCGAGGAUGGUGAUCAACAAGGUGAUCGGACGACAUCAGCAAUGGAAUUAUUUACGGGAGACCUAUGUUCAAAAGUGGACUCAAAAUAGCUAAUGAAGAUGAAUUUUUUAAUAUCGUCUGAUCCUAACCUUUUGCGUAUAGUAGCAUUAGGUAUAGAAAAUACACUUACUCCGUGGCGUUACAACCCUUCGUGGGUUUUAGCCGACUCGACAACAUGCCUUCACUGUUUUCUGUCUUGAGCAACCUCCAUCCAAUUCUCCACGCCCAUAGUGCUUAGGUAUAGAAAAUUACCAUUAUCCAUAAAAAACAUUAUUCUCUUCAUUGCUCUUUCUGCAACUUGUAGUUUACUCGUUGUUGUUGAAUGAGUUUCUUCUCUUAGCUAGGUUUAUUCUUCUUUUCAUCUUGAUCGUUUUGUUACCUCGAUUCUGAUCUCAUGGUUUAAAUCCUUAUAGAAGUCAACUGACUCCUUGUCUUCGGAACUAAAGUAUUUUUACUGUGUAGUAGCUGCAGUUUCUUGGGAGCAUUAUCUGCGUCUGUUCAAAGCUGUCUGCAAUGAGAACGAUUUCAUCUGCAAACGUAAGAUUAUUUAAAAAAUUCCAAUCUAGAUUGAUGCCCUUCUCGGUACAAUCUGUUGUUUUCCAGGUAUAUUCCCUGUAUACAGUAUCGUCAUUAAGUCUUACAAAAGCUGUAGCAUGCUCAUAGAUGUUUUUGGACAUUGCCUUAGAGGACGGAGCAUUUCACUUUGGUUGACAAUAUCAAAUGCUUUUUCAAAGUCGACAAAGACAAGUAUCAAGGUACUAUUAUAUUGAAUGACCGUUUGUUCCGUAUCCAGUUCUAAAUUUUGCUUGCUCACAAGAUUGAUAUUUAUAUUUGAGACAAAAAGGCCACCCCCUCUUUUUGAACACACACAAGAUUGAUAGAAUUCUAGUUUCGAUGUCAACCUCUUAGUUAUUAUCUUCAUAAACACCUUAUAAAUGUGAGAUAACAAGCUUUGUUUAUAGUUCUUUAGCUCUGUUAUAUGUUCCUUUUUGUGCAUAACUACUAUAACAGCUUUAUUCCACUGAGACGGUUUAAUAAUUCAUUAACAAACUUCUUUUGAAAGACGUUAUGUCGUUGCUUUUCGUUUUUUUCCUGCUUUAACUGGCUCAAUAACGAUUUGGUAAUCACAAGCUGCUUUAUUCUUUGGGAUUUGAUUUAAUAUGACUUCUUUAACGUUAUUUCUGCGAUGUCCUCUGAACCCAUGUCUUUUUUACCUUUUUCUCUAUAUAAUUAUGUGUAAAAUGCUUUAAAAACUAUGUUAAUUAUCGGUUAUGUCUAUUUCGAUCUGCUAGCUUAACAACAUUGUUCUUAUCUAGAGCUUGACUUCUCUUCAGCACUCUUAAACUUCUAUUUUCCUUAAGAACCGUUGAUUUGAUGUUUUUUGUUAUAUUGUCGUAAGUCCUUUCUCACUGCUUUAUUAAUAUCUUUAUAAGCGUGUUGUAGCAUCAUUUAAAUUAGUCAUUUAGUUUUAUCGGGAUAGUUUCUUUUAGUAUAUCUUCCCCUAACACUAUUUCCUAUUACGCUACUGCAUUUCACAUAUUGUUAAAUUAUUAAACCAUAAUUGUUCCAUAUUAGUAUAAUGAACUAGUCUUUCUGUAAGAUUUACUUUCAAAUUAUCUACUAAAUUCUUUAAUGUGUAGGUACUUAGUUCAUUGAGUAUUCACUUUAUAAUGACCUUAUUUCCACUUACUGGUAGUUGUUUGUAAUGAGCGAAACUGCUCACUUAGCAUAUUGCUGCAAUUUUCAAUAUUGCAAUUUAGUCCUCGUUAUUAUACUGGAGUCUAAAGAUUAUAAUACACUUAACCACAAAAGUUUUCCACCACCAAAAAUUAUGCUUAUGGUUUUAAAGAUCAGG